AUGGACCUUCCUAGCUGUGAACUCCACAAACUCGGGGAGAUUGCAGAUCUGGUGACCUCUGUUCGCCUCUCACGUGUCCGUAAGGAAAAGCUGGCACUGGCCUUGAAGAAUGAAGGCUAUAUUCCAAAGCUGCUGCAGCUUUUCCAAGUCUGUGAGAAUGUAAAAAACACCGAAGGAUUGCAYCUUCUCUUUGACAUUAUGAGAGGAAUUUUGUACCUGGACAAAKCCAUUCUGUUUGAGGUGAUGUUUUCGGAUGAGUGUAUUCUGGGUGUUGUUGGAUGCCUUGAGUAUGAUCCUUGUUUAGCUCAGCCAGGAUGGCACAGGGAAUUCUUGACCAAAACAGCAAAGCUUCAGGAAGUUAUUCCUAUAAGAGACCCUGAACUUAGGCAAAAAAUCCGCCACACAUCCAGAGCACAGUACAUUCAGGCCAUCAUCUUGCCUAAUCCAUCUGAUUUUGAAGAGGGUUUUCUUUCUACCCUCACUUCCUUCAUCAGCUCCAGCAAAGAGGAGAUUUUACAUGGGUUGCUGAAAGAUGAGGAAUUUUUGCCUGAGGUUUUUGCACAAUUAACAAAUGAAGCUACAGCUGGUGAGCAACGAUGUGAAUUGAUGAAGUUUUUAAAGGAAUUCUGUGCCUUUUCUUUGACCUUACCUGAGAAAAGAGAUGAAUUUCUCCAAACUUUGGCAAAGUUGGGAAUUCUUCCAACUCUUGAAAUGUUGAUGGGAAUGGAUGAUCUGCAAGUUAGGUCUGCUGCUACAGAUGUAUUGUCUUACCUAGUAGAAUUUAGUCCAGCCAUGGUCCAAGAAUUUGUAAUGCAAGAGGCCCGGCAGAGUGAGAAUNNUACCCAACUCAUCACUGAGAUAAUUGAGCAGAUGACCUGUAGUCCUGACCCUGAAUUUGGAGGAGAUAAUCAGUUAAUGGAGAUUUUGUGUGCUCUGAUCGAYCCAGAGAAAAUGCUGGAUACAGCCAGUAAUUUAGAAAUAUUUGAAUUUCUCGAUAUUUUCUACGACCGUUACAUUCAUGUUCUUACUGCACCACUUCUGGCUGAUACAUCAGAAGAAUGGUAUGAAAUAGAUAAUUAUCAAACAGCAGAAAUACUUGCCUCAGUUUUGGAGCUGCUGUCUUUUUGUGUGGAACGGCACAAGUAUCACAUGAAGAUUUACAUUAUCAAGAAAGAUCUUCURAGAAGAACACUGCUCUUGAUGAAAUCCAAACACAAAUUUCUGGCCYUGUGUUCUCUUCGCUUUAUGAGGAGGAUAAUUGGCCUGAAAGAUGAACUUUAUAACCAUUACAUCACUCUGGGAAACCUSUUUGAACCAGUUGUAAAUGCUGUGUUGGAUAAUAGGAAUAAUUGCAACCUGCUGAAGUCGGCCUUGAUGGAGCUGUUUGAAUUCAUCCAAAUGGAAGAUAUUCAGCUCCUUAUUGCACAUGUAGUUGAGAACUUCUCUGAUGCACUGGAAUCUGUCAAAUACAUUCACACAUUCCAGGGRCUGAAGACAAAAUAUGAGCAAGAAAAAGACCAGCAAAACCAGAAACUGAACAGCAUCCCCUCCAUAGUGCCUGGUGAGACAUUUGUCGAAAAAGCAGUGGUGAUAGACAUGGAUGAAGAUCUGCACCUCAGUGAAGGUGAAGAGAAGGCAGCUCCAAUGUCACCAGCAAGCUCCAAUCCUACAUACACAACCCUGAGCACAGUGGUGACAGCCCAYAAGAGAGGUCUGUUUGAAAUAUUUUGUUAUCCUGAUGAUGAAGAUGAUGAGAAACCUUCCAAGAAAAGAGCUCGUCUGGGUUCCUAA